AUGGACAACAUGUGUGAGGUUCCCAUUGGGGAAUGUUCAGACCCACCCCAACUUGAAGAAAAAACAGGGGAGCCCCCUGUAGCCCCCAAGACAAAGCCACCAUUCAGUAUCAUCUUCUCCACACUUCUCUUCUGUGGCGAGUGUGUGGCUGCUGGGUUCCUGUGUUCCUCCUACAGUCACUCUGAUGAUCACUUCUGGCUUGCAAUGACCAUUCUCUUCAUGUUGUAUCCAUCCAUCAUGGUCCAGCUGACCCUCAUUUUUGUCCACAGGGAUUUGACCAGUGAUAAGCCACUGGUGUUACUGAUGCACAUUCUACAGUUGGGUCCUGUCAUCAGGUGCGUGGAGGCCCUGGUGGUUUACUGUUGCUCGGGGCGGCAGGAGGAGCCAUACGUUACCAUCACACGCAAGAAGAAGCUCAGGAAGGGCUCUGAGGUGGAGCUGGAGCAGGAGGUCGGCCACUCGAUCCGCAAGCUGGUCACACACCGCAAUGCCUUCAAGCGCAUGGCAGUGAUCCAGGCCUUCCUGGGCUCCACCCCGCAGCUCACACUGCAGCUGUACAUCAGCAUCAUUGAGAUGUAUGUCCCUACUGCCAGAGCAGUCCUGAUGGGCAUCUGCCUGGUAUCAGUCACCUAUGGAGCGCUGGUCUGCAACAUCCUGGCCAUCCAGAUAAAAUACGAUGACUACAAGGUCCAGCUGCGGCCGCUGGCAUUCAUCUGUAUCAUCCUGUGGCGCAGCCUGGAGAUCUCCACCCGUGUGGCCGUCCUGGUGCUCUUCUGCAGCGUCUUCAAGCACUGGAUCAUCCCCAUUAUGCUCGCCAACCUGCUGAUCCUCUUCUUCCUGCCGUGGGUGCAGUUCUGGUGUAGUGGCGCCCAGCUGCCCGACAAUGUUGAAAAGAACUUUAGCCGGGUGGGCACCGUGGUGGUGCUGUGCUCCGUCACCCUCCUGUACGCUGGCAUCAACAUAUUCUGCUGGUCGGCUGUGCAGCUGAAGCUGGCUGACCGGGACCUGAUAGACAAGGCACAGAACUGGGGCCGGUUGGCCAUGUACUAUGCUGUGCGGCUGGCAGAGAACGCUGUCCUGCUUGUCCUCUGGUACCUCUUCAAGACAGACGUGUUUGACUACAUCUGCGCCCCACUGCUGGUGCUGCAGCUGCUGGUAGGCUACUGUCUGGCGAUCUUCUUCAUGCUCCUCUUCUUCCAGUACCUGCACCCAUGCCGCCAGCUCUUUCGGCACAAUGUCUCUGACUUCCUGCAGUGUGUCUGCUGCCAGCGGUGUGCACCAGUCAGGCCCACACAGCUCGAUACACCCUGCGAGUCUGGCGUGAGGCACAGCAUCGUCUGACGCGCACAGCAGGGGGAGGGGGCAGGUCCAAAAGAUACAACACGAGGCAGUUGCCGAUGUUAAUGACUGAUUGAAAACACUUGCCUGGCUCUUGCCCGGUGUCUAGCUAUGACACGUGCCUGUUUACAGACCUGAAUGGGGCGGGAGCAGCCAGGCAGCAAAGCUGUGAUUUAUGAAGAGGAGACCAGCCAGGCUGGGCCCAAGGGGCCUCCUUACCAGUCACUAGCACAAAGCAGAUAUAAGCUGAACAGGCACCAAGACCAGAAUUCUCCUGUGCCACCCACACUGCAGAUCUCGGCACUUUGAUGUCAUGGCGGGGUCCGGUGCCUGUGGACCCAGAAUCCCACCCCUCCACACUCUGCAAGUUCAGGGGCAAGUUCAGUCUCCAUUAUGACACCCACACUGCAUGAGUAAAGUGCGCAUUCGUCCCCACCCCCACCUCCUAACUUGUCAGGAGAGCCCUGGUUUGGGGUAGGAGAGGAGUCCAGUCCCUGACUCUCUGCUCGUCCAGACCUCCAUUGCCCACCAAUACACUGCGUCAAUUGCACACCCAACCUGGAGUGCAGGCGCCACCCUCUGCUGCCAUGAAAGGAGAUUUCUGUCUCCAAGUAAGUCCAUGGAUCCCUGGACACCCCUGUGCCUUUGCUUGGCACUGCACGUCUCAGCUGUACCUCAGCAGAAGGGACGUUGUUCAUGAUUGUGCCCUGUCUUCCCCAUUCCCGGUGUUCUCUCUCUGGUUAUUACUGUACAUUCGUUGAACUCACAAAGGAUGAAUCUUGAAGUUGACAUGGUGGGAAAUGUUCUGUGUUUUAAAGGAACUGAUGUCACUUUGG